UACCAUUUGGGGCUAUUUUCUUCAGUUAUUUUUUUGAUAUCUCUUUUGCUGAGCUGAUAAUUAUCUUGUAAUAAUUAGCUGAUAAUUUUCUUUAAAAAUUUUUCUUGCAUGGCUCUUAUUUCUUUUCUCAGCUUUUCCUCUUCUAGUCUUAUUUAAUGUUUAUCCUAGUCUGAGAAUCUGUGAGUUUUCAGUAGUAUUUUAUUUUUCCAAAUAUGUGCAAAGAUAAGUUUUCACCAUUAACCUUUGAAAAACAUUGUGUUCCAGAUUUCUCUCUCUCUCCAUCCCACUUUCCCAAAACAACAAGCCAUCUGGUACAGGUUAAAUAUGUGCAAUAUUUUUAAACAUAAACCUGUGAAUUUUCAAUAAUUACACCAAUGUGGUAUAAUCAGAGAAAAGUCCGAUCACUGCCUUCUUGAAAAUGUCUGAUCUAGUUUGCAUCUGUCCGUGGUUGAGUUUCUGUAGCUUAUUUCUAGACUCUGUCACAGUUAGCCUGCUAGUUCUGUCGGAUCAGAGUGACCGAAGCGCUGGCUUCCCCUUGGUCUUGACCUCCUGCCCAGGUUUAUUCCACUGAAGAUUUAAUGUGCUAGGCUAAAGGUUAGAAGGGAGCCCCCCUCAAUUUUGGGGGUUAUGAUUGUGAAACUUAUUCCUUGUUCCUGUCGCAGAUAGAGAGCCCUGAGGCUGCUCUUAUCUUCUGUAGAAUAGCAUCCUGGAACUGGGUGAUAGUGGACAGCUCUGCCAGAUGGUACCCAGACCUGCUUCUUUACCCACAAGUAGAGGGGUCCCCUGGGACUUUUUUGACCAGGAGUUGAGGAGUGCUGGGCUGCUCCCCACUACUCUUUCUGCUACCCCAGCACUACUUCCCCACCUGUAGUGGAAGCUUCUUUGUUGCUGCUGAAUAUCUAACUUAUGGACUCAGUUUCCCCCAUGCCCCAGAAAUUUGGUGUCCAAGCAAGGGCUUCCUUCUGGGUGGUUCGGUAGUCACUUGAUGGGGUGGAUGGUGGUUCUCUUGGAAUAUUUUCAUUCAGAAUGCCUCCAUCAGUCCUAGGUUCCACAACUGAAAGACAUCAAUUGAAAAGUUUCAAUGUCCUCGUUUUCUGGUCUUUGAGGAAGUGGGGAUGAGAUAAAGGAACUAAAAUUAAUGUGCAGAAAAAGCCAGCCCAGUGUGAAGUCAGGGGAGUCACAAUGAGGGGGAGGUGGCAGGGGGAGUGUGUGGAUCUAAAUCGAGCGCGAGAGAGAAACCGUGUGGAAGAUUGGAGGUGAUAGAAGCAGAUCGCUACUGGGGCAUCUGGUACAUGGUGACCGCUAAUAAAAGACCCAAAGCACAAAGGAUGGAGAGAAGAGGGAAUAGCCAAAGGAGAAUGGGGAUCAGGGCAAAUCCUCGGAAAUGAGCACCCCAGAAGGCAGCGGCAUCUCUUCCCAGGUCCACAUUAUUAGGUCCAAAUUGCUGGACCAUUACUUAUUUUUGGUGACCUUUUAUAAAUCCCUUGAUCUCUUUUGACUUAACUAUAAAGUGACAGUUUUUUCCUCUGCAGACGUCUCUGUGACACUUUAUGUCCCUAGAUCUCUCUUAUUUAGAGUUUCUCAUGUGCAAAAUGAGAGUGUUUAUUGGCCUCGAAUCUGUUUCUUUGCAGUUUAAUCUAACAGUUAAUUAUAAUUAAAAAACAACAACAACAACCCAUAUCUGACAUUUUGUAGGGGUAUAAAUUCCAUCAAGUGUUUUCCAUCUUGUAGUCAGAAUGACCUGGGGGUGAGGGUUCUAAGGGGGAUGCAGUGAGGAAUGGGGUGAGUUUGCUCGGGGCAGAGGGUGGGUAAGUAUGUGUGCUAAGAGGAAAGUGGGAUUCUGGACAGGAAAGAGACAUGGAAGUCAUUUUGUUCCGUGGAGAAGGAAGGAGAGUGGGCCAGGCUGGGGUUGAUGGCCCUGGGGGUGCUGAGAGAUGGUGAAAUUGGGGGUCAGGACUAAGGCCGAUAAACAGGCCGAGGCAUAGAAAGGCAGCAGCAGAACCUCAGAAAAUGGAGCCUUUGCAGUCUGCCUCUCCAUUUAAAAAGGGGCUGCUCUUUGUUCCCAGAAUUUCUAUUGCAUCUUCACCCCUUUGUCCACACUGUUCCCAUGACUUUAGGAGCCCCCUGCUGGGAUCUUCCCUUCCCUUCUUGUCUCUGUUCCCAUGGGUUGGGUGAGAGAGGGUGGCCGGACCACUGGACAUGGGAUGGGUCACAGCCGGGCUCGAUUUCAGCUUAGACACUGGGUAGCCUGGUCCUGUGGCCCAGGCUCCUAGUGCUCGUUUUCUCCUUGGCAAAGUGGGGAGAAGUUCUCUGACAGUUAACUCAUGAGCAUCCGUAGGGAUUGUCCAGAAGGACACGGUCCUGCAGGGCUCCAGAUGGAGGAGAACUGCCCUCUGUGCAGGGAAUAAGAGAAGGAGGAAGUUUGGGGCCGAAGAGGGAGUGGCAAAAGUAAUCUGAGAUGCUGGUGUGGCAGGGAGUGGCAGCCUGAGGAAUGGUGGGACCAGAGCCUCCUUGUGAAGCCCUUGUGAAGCCCCUGGAUCAAUAAUGACGCUGUUUGGCAGUUAGCCACCACCUAUUGCUCUUAUACGGGGCUCUUUGUCAUUUGUCAUUUGCUUGCUGCCUCUCCUUUGGAGUGAAAGAUUGUUGGGGGCGAGAACCUUCCUAUUCCCUUUCACGCACACCCCAGCGCACCCUGUGCUCGCUAGAGCUCAAUCAGUGUUUAUUGACUAGUUGAUAUUGAGCAUCUCGUGUAGUAACUGGAAAAUGUUUGUUGAUUUGUCGCAUCUUGUUUGGGAAUUGCAGGUCCGGAGAGACAGACGCUUUGAACUCCUCCCCUUUGAAAGCAGUAGUGACCUCCUCUUCAGUCUUGUUUUCCCGACUGAAGUCCAGGCAAGAGCCGAAGUUGGUGCCCUCUGGGAAACUCCAUGGCCAGUGCCAGCAGCCCGGGCUCCGGAGAUUUAGAAUCCAAGAUCAAGACUGAGAAUGAGCCAGAGGAGGAAUUGUCCCAUAGAGUGAAGAUCGAAACAUUCAGCAAUGCUGAUGAUUACUCCUCUCUUUUUGGGAAGUGGGGCAAAAGUGAAAUCCAGAUAAAAAGUGAGGAAAUAAAACAGGAGAGUGAGGAAGUAAAACAGGAAAACGAUGAGACAGAAAUUGCCAAACACCAGAAGAUUCAAGCUAGAGACAAAAAUUAUAAAAAUAAAAAAGAGAAGAAAGCUUCCCCUCAAAAUUCAAACUCUUCUGAAGACCAGGAAAUCCAUGCUAUUCAGAAGACUUAUAAAUGUAAUUCAUGUGAUUUGAUCUUCUCUGACAACUUAAGACUUAUUCAACAUCGGAAGAUCCACGCUGGAAAGAGGCCUUUUAAAUGUGAGCAGUGUGGGAAAGCUUUCUUUAAGAUUGCAAAACUUCAUCUACAUCAGAAGAUCCAUGUUGGAGAGAAGCCUCAUAAAUGUAAGGAGUGUGGGAAAGCUUUCACCCAAAAUGCAGACCUUUUAAAACACCAGAGAAUUCAUACUGGAGAGAGGCCGUAUCAGUGUAAUGAGUGUGGAAAAAGCUUUGCUCAGAAGUCGACCCUGUCCAACCAUCAGAGAAUCCAUACCGGAGAGAAGCCUUAUAAAUGUGAUGAAUGUGGGCUAACCUUCAGUCACAGAUCAACCCGUAUUAAACACCAGAGGAUUCAUAGUGGAGAGAAGCCUUAUAAAUGUAAUACAUGUGGGAAAACCUUUAUAGAGAGGUCAAACCUUACUCAACAUCAGAAGAUUCAUACUGGAGAGAAGCCUUAUAAGUGUAAUACUUGUGGGAAAGCCUUCAAUCAAAACUCAAGCCUUUUCAACCACCAGAAAGUUCAUACCGGAGAGAAACGUUAUAAAUGUGAGGAGUGUGGGAAAGCCUUUAAUCAGAGCUCCACCCUUAUUUCCCAUCAGAUGAUCCAUACUGGAGAAAAGCCUUAUACUUGUAAUGAAUGUGGGAAAGGCUUUCGUAAAAACUCGGCGCUGAAUGAGCACCAGAAAACUCAUGCUGAACAGAACCCGGGUAAAAAUAAUAAAUGCGAGAAAGUCCCCAGUCAGACCUCGCCGCCCGAUUCACAGCAGAUGUCUCAUUCUAGAAAAAAACCUUACAAAUGUGGUGACUGUGGGAAAGCCUUUCUUAAAAACUCAAUUCUGAUUAAACAUCAGAGAAUUCACACUGGAGAGAAGCCUUAUGAAUGUAGUAAAUGUGAAAAAGCCUUCACUCAGAGCUCAACUCUUAUCAAACACCAGCGAGUCCAUACAGAAGAGAAGCCUUACCAGUGUGAUGAGUGUGGGAAAGCUUUCAAUCAAAAAUCUAACCUGGUACGCCAUCAGAGGACACACACUGGGGAGAAGCCUUUUAAAUGCCAUGAAUGUGGGAGAGCCUUUAUGAGAAAGGUCCUACUGACCGUACACAAAAGGAAGCACGAUGGAGAGAAUGUGGAAAAGUAAAACAUGUGGACAAGCGUCCAGUGAACAGCUCACCUUAUUGUCCAUCGUGAGAUUCCCAGUGGAUAGAAACCUCAUCGGUAUAGUGAAAGUUCAUUCUGAGCUCAGCCUUUAAAAACAGUGUAGAAUUCAUUUUGGAGAGAAGAAAGUUUUAUUAACGAGAAGAAAUAUGGGAAAACCUUGUGCUUUUUGUAGAAGAGGAAUCUUUUGGGAAAAAGAGACUUUUUUUGGAAAUGAGUUAGGGGAAGUCUCCUAGGACAGAUGAAACAGAAUCAGAAAUGGAAGAAUGCAAAAUCAUUUAUUGCUGAUCAUUUACAGUGGAUUAUUACAAUUACAAUGAUAGUGACCAAUUACUGGACUAAGUCCUGGGUAUAAAAAUAGUAAGAAAAGAUAGUCCAAUGAAGACUGUCUCAAAGCGUCAUGAGAGGGGAUUUGAUAGGUCUUAUGAUAAAGGUUUGGUAAUCACCUGCCAGAUGUGGUCAGGAAUUCUUGGUCAGGAGUUGUAUGUAAUGGGUAUCUCUGAGUUGUCUUCUAUCUAGCUGUGAAAGCUCUUUCAAUGUUCCCUAAUUUUUCCUAGAAGUGAUCUCACCUUUUUAAUAUUAGUAGUCUAUUAGCUUUACAGUCGUGAAAUUUCGUAAUUAGUUUCCAAAGAAUUAAAAGUGGAUAUUACUUAGAAGAAAAAGGAGAGGUAGGUGUUAUGUGGAAGCAGGUAAAUGUGAGCUGAGAGUCUUGAAAGACUUGAAAGACUCUUAUUAUUUGUAUUUUUGAUGCAAAAAUGACAAGGAGCCUCCUCAGAACUGACAUAAUCUAGGAAAUCGAAUGGUUUUGUAUCUUCAUAAGAUUAAAGGAAGAAUAGAGCCGUUAGGUGGCGUUUUUAAGAGAGCGUGGCCUGGAAUCAGGAAAACUCAUCUUUCUGAGAUUGAAUGCAUCCUCAGACAUGUACUAGC